CUCAGGAUGGAGGAGCAGUCCAGCUUCCCCAAUGUCAGCAUCCCCUGCUACAAUGAGCAGAGGGACAAGAAGAAGCGCUACACUGUGAGUAAUGAGUAUAGUGUUGCUGUGGCAACGGCUGUUCAACAGGCUGUAUUACAGACUGCAGUAUAGACUUUAUACAGACUGGUUAUUUGAGAUCGUUUAUUAUCAGUAGAAAGUAGGGCACCGAAGUAUUUUGUCUAGGUCUAUACUAAAAUGUGUUUUCCCCCACAUUUGUCCAGGUUUACAAAGUGAUGGUCAACGUAGGAAGACAUGAGUGGUUUGUCUUCAGGCGAUACGCAGAGUUUGACAAGCUCUACAACACAGUAAGUGGAAGUGUUACUGUGUGAUAAAUACAUGUUGUCGUAAGACUCCAGGCUUCCUUUCUUACUCAACCUUUUCACCAGAGAUCCGCUGACUAAACUGGGCAAAGCUCGAUUUUGAUAAAAAUAGAAUCCGUUAUCUUAUCGGAUGCUUUAGCUUUUGGUCACUCAGUAUUUUUCAGACUGUGAGUGGGGAUUUGUGUGUAGUUGAUAUUUAGAAAAUCAGGUAAUUCAACUCUCAUAAUUGGGAGAGUGAAGGUAGAGAUGGAGAGGAAUUUGGUCCCUAUGACAUCUAUUUUUAUAUAUCCUUUAUAUAAUCUGAUUUGUCUGUCUUUUUUUUGAUGCAGUUGAGAAAACAGUUUCCAUCUUUGAACUUGAAAAUCCCAGCCAAGAGAAUAUUUGGGGACAACUUUGACCCAGGUACUGUAUUGAUUGAUUAAAAGUUGUCUGAUAAAAGUACAGUAUACUACCUGUAACUGCACUCUAUUAUAACAAUUUAUUUAGUAGAUCAGAAUUCAAUACAGACCCCUAUGUUCUCCUGAUGACCUUCAGCCCAUUAUUUUGUUUUAUUUAAAUUGUAAACAAAUUAGCUCAUUUGGGUAUGACAAACUGGAUUACAGAUGACAUGAAACCACACCAGACAAAAUUAGCAUUAUAUGUGCUUGUGUGUCUUGUCUGUAAAUUGUCUUUCAUUUGUGAUACAGGGUCAAUAUCAAAUAUACUAUUUAUAAAAUUGUCAAUUUAUUUUCUUAGAGUUUAUCAAGCAAAGAAGAACAGGUUUACAUGAGUUCAUUCAGAGACUGGUCUCACAUCCUCAGCUCAGUAGCCAGUAAGUAUUCUAUAACUGAUCAACUAGCUAAAUAAGUUAUUGAAUUAAAUUGCAAAUAAACCAAAUCGAUCUGCCUCACUUUAUGCAUGUGUGAAGCCCCCUAAGUAGGAAGUUACCCCUAGAAACUAAUCUAAGGUCAGUUUUGUGUUUCUUCCCCUAAUGGUUACAGUUCUCCCUAAUGGUUACGGUUAGGAUCUGGGGAUGAUGAUUAGCUCCGAAGGGAGUAUAUGUAAUCCUAUCGUAUCAUGGCGGUAUCUCCUGUGCAGUGUUGGGAUUUGUUACUUGAAAAAGUAAAUAUUACUUGUUACAUUUAGCAAAAGUAACAUGUUACUUUACAAUAUUACUUUGUGUGGAAAGCAACACGUUAUAUUACUUUCUGUUACUUUCUGACCGUUUGUUUGACUGUCGGAGGGAGCAAGGCGAGCCGCUCUACCAAAAAUAUGCUACUUACUAACUCAGGUUGGAUCACUAGUUUCUCCUUUCAUCUGUGGCAAUGCUUUCCUCUACAAGUUCUGCGCUAUCAUAUGGGCUGCUUAAUUAGCCAUAUACUGUAAGCCAAAGAUCUGUACAGAUUUCCUAUCUUUUCAUUCAAAAUCUUUAUCUGGAGCCGCCAGUUAUGGUUUUAGACAGCACGUACACCGACCCAUAGAGAUGUAUAGAGGGUCACUUGCCACUAGAUGGGGAAAGCUAUCACAGACGUGAUGAAUGGCAAAAAUCAACAUUUCAAGUUUCAAAGUUUAUUCGUCACAUGCACAGGAUGUAAAACAUGACAGUGUAAUUCUUACCUUGAGAGCUCUUUCCCAACAAUGCAGUGAUAAUAAUAACAUAGAUAAUAAUAGAAAAUAUAAUAAAAAUAUAUUUUAUGUAUUUAUUUUUACACACAAGAACUACGAUGUAAGUUGGAGACACGACAAUGCAAGUACAUACACAAGUCAAUGCCAGUACCUUAUUCAAUAUGCAGAGGUACUGGAGUAGUUGAGGUGGGUUUAUACAUUAAAUGGAGACAGCUGUCGUGACAGCCUUUCUCCGCUCGCUAGACAGCUAAAUGAGGAAACAAGUUGAGAUCGGAUCAAGGAAACACGCACCCGGUAAAGAUAUGAUUCUGAAAGUAACACGCGUUAGUUGACAAAGUAACUGUAAUAAUAUUACCCAAUUUGAAAAGUAACAUGUUACUUUACUCCGUUACUCAAAGUAAUCAGAUUACGUAAUGCAUUACUUUUGUGACACGUUACCCCCAACACUGCUCCUGACCCAGUGAUGUUUAACAUGGAGUCUAAAAGCAGUGCUCUUCUAACAGCAGUGGCUUUGUGUAUGUCUCAGUCAGACCCCUAACAUGUGACCACUCUGCCCCUCUCUCUCUCACUAUCUGAUAGGCCUGAUGUCAGAGCAUUCCUGCAGAUGGACAAAUCUCAAAACUUCUCAGACGCAUCCGAGGACGAAGAUGACAAGGUAGAUGAUGACAGGACAGUAUGAUGUCUGUGGGAAGGAGAUAUGACUGUUGUUUUAUAGAUUGAGUUGUCACGUCUUGAAACUGAAGAAAUGUGUCACAUAUGGCCUUGAGGGAGCAUUGAACAACAUCUCUGCUCUGAUACAGCAUGAAUGAGUACUUGAUUAAGUAUUCUAUGUAUUGGAUAUUGUAUUGUCAAUGUGUGAUCACUUAUUCCAUUCUACAACGAUAACGCAGCAGUGUACAGUAUUGUCAUUUGAGACUUCCUGGUAGAAUAAAGAUUUAGACUCUAUGGCCUCGCUUAUGUAGAGUACCAGUCAAAAGUUUGGACACACCUACUCAUUCAAGGGUUUUUCUUUCUUUUUUACAAUUUUCAACAGUGAAGAUAUCAAAACUAUGAAAUAACACAUAUGGAAUCAUGUAGUAACCAAAAAAGUGUUAAACAAAUCAAAAUAUAUUUUAUAUUUGAGAUUCUUCAAAGUAGCCACCCUUUGCCUUGAUGACAGAUUUGCAAACUCUUGGCAUUCUCUCGACAACCUUCAUGAGGUAGUCACCUGGAAUGCAUUUCAAUGAACAGGUGUGCCUUGUUAAAAGUUAAUGUGUGGAAUUUAUUUCCUUCUUAAUGCGUUUGAGCCAAUCAGUUGUGUUGUGACAAAGUAGGGGUGGUAUACAGAAUUUAUUUCCUUCUUAAUGCGUUUGAGCCAAUCAGUUGUGUUGUGACAAAGUAGGGGUGGUAAAAUACCAAGUCCAUAUUAUGGCAAGAACAAUUCAAAUAAGCAAAGAGAAACGACAGUCCAUCAUUACUUUAAGACAUGGUCAGUUAAUCCGGAAAAUGUCAAGAACUUUGAAAGUUUCUUCAAGUGUAGUCGCAAAAACCAUCAAGCGCUAUGAUGAAACUGGCUCUCAUGAGGACCGCCACAGGAAAGGAAGACGCAGAGUUACCUCUGCUGCAGAGGAUAUGUUCAUUAGAGUUACCAGUCUCAGAAAUUGCAGCCCAAAUAAUUGCUUCACAGAGUUCAAGUAACAGACACAUCUCAACAUUAACUGUUCAGAGGAGACUGCGUGAAUCAGGCCUUUAUGGUCGAAUUGCUGCAAAGAAACCACUACUAAAGGACACCAAUAAGAAGAAGAUACUUGCUUGGGCCAAGAAACACAAGCAAUGGACAUUAGACCAGUGGAAAUCUGUCCUUUGGUCUGAUGAGUCCAAAUUUGAGAUUUCUGGUUCCAACCGCCGUGUCUUUGUGAGACACAGAGUAGGUGAACGGAUGAUCUCUGCAUGUGUGGUUCCCACCGUGAAGUAUGGAGGAGGAGGUGUGAUGGUGUGGGGGUGCUUUGCUGUUGACACUGUCUGUGACGUAUUUAGAAUUCAAGGCACACUUAACCAGUAUGGCUACCACAGCAUUCUGCAGCGAUACGCCAUCCCAUCUGGUUUGCACUUAGUGGGACGAUAUCAUUUGUUUUUUAAUAGGACAAUGACCAAACACACCUUCAGGCUGUGUAAGGGCUAUUUGACCAAGAAGGAAAGUGAUGGAGUGCUGCAUCAGAUGACCUGGCCUCCACAAUCACCCGACCUCAACCCAAUUGAGAUGGUUUGGGAUGAGUUGGACCGCAGAGUGAAGGAAAAGCAGGCAACAAGUGCUCAGCAUAUGUGGGAACUCGUUCAAGACUGUUGGAAAAGCAUUCCAGGUGAAGCUGGUUGAGAGAAUGCCAAGAGUGUGCAAAACUGUCAUCAAGGCAAAGGGUGGCUACUUCGAAGAAUCUAAAAUCUUAAAUAUAUUUUGAUUUGUUUAACACUUUUUUUGGUUACUACAUUAUUCCAUAUGUGUUAUUUCAUAGUUUUCAUGUCUUCACUAUUAUUCUACAAUGUAGAAAAUAGUAAAAAUUAAGAAAAACCCUUGAAUGAGUAGGUGUGUCCAAACUUUUGACUGGUACUGUAUGUCUGCGUUUUUAACCUAGAUCAUCUGUUCUCUCUCUGAUUUACAGAACAGCUCUACCUCCAGUAAUAUUAACCUUGGACCGUCUGGAAAUCCACAGUAGGUUACACAGUCUCACGUUGAAUUGAGGCCUGCAGAUAUUUCUGUUGUAAAUGUGUGUGUAUUCUGGAUGUAUUUUUCCUCUAAGUAACCUUUGCAGGCCUUAUCAUAGACAUUCAUUUGUUAAAAAAAUAUAUUUCUAAAUACUUUCACUUAUUUUGUUUGCUUACCUUUUUUGUUUUCCACAUUUCAGUGCAAAGCCCACAGACUUUGACUUUCUCAAAGUCAUCGGAAAGGGGAGCUUUGGAAAGGUAUGUGAUUAUGCAUAAUUCAGUAUAUGUAUAUUACAGCCACUUUGAAUGUCUUUGGUCCAGUGUUUAAUUUCGUCAACAAAAAUGGUGACUAAAGUAUUAUUCAAACACUUAUUUUUCAGUGGCAAUUGCCGAGACUAUAACUGACUAAAUAGUCCCCCCAAAAAACUAUAACUAAACAAAAAUAAUUUGGACUAAAAUGAGACGAGACAAAAUGAUCUCUGUGACUAAAAUAUGACUGCUGAGUGGACUAAACAAGAGUUUUUGGAGAGAUUGAGUGAUAAGCACAAUGAAUAUUAGCAGCACAGAUGUGCAGCGCAUCUGUCCAGCAGUAGGAAGGAGGCGCCACACCCAGCACAAACAGCCUACAUCAGCUGGUGAGCUGCGGGGGAGCAAGCGAUGAGUGUGGGCAGACAGGCACCACUUCAGCUCCGCCUCCGAUAAUACACAUCACGCAGGUGACUCUCUUGCUUCCCUGUAGCUAACCAGUCACCACCAGCCUUCUAGUUAGCUACCCUUUGCCUGGUUAAGAAACACAAACUGCUUUACAAAAUUAAAAACAAUAGCAGCAUUGAGUUUAAUAGUAAAACAACAGUCUAGCUAUGUUUUUCUCUCUCUUGAGGUUAGAAAAGUAGGCUGUCUUUGAAUUUGUAGUCUCGCUUAACCCUCCUGCUUUCCCCACUGCAUUUCAUAGCCAGGUUCUGAAUCAGGUUCUGUAGCCAAGUCUCCCUCUUUUCCUCAGAGAAAACGUCUUUAUUCUAGCCCGUAUAACCCAUAAUACUGGCACUAGGUAUAUAUUUGUUUGUGCAUUGGCGGGUCACAUUUUACAUUUAUAAAGCGUAUUGUGGGCCGUUCUAAAGCUAGGCAACUUGCGUACCAGACCUUUAACCAUUUUAAUAGGCUACACCUUGUUCAGCCAUGUUACCUCAUUAGCUAGCUAUAGCUAACAACCUGAGGCGCGUUCAGCAGGACGCAACAUUUUGGAACUUCAGAUAAAAAUAUGAUAUGUAGAACAAACAUGCCUCUCUGACAUGUUGAAUAAGGAAUAAUGUUUGCUCUAUUCAUGGAAUUUCUAUCUGCAACGUUUGAGAACGUUUUGUAACUGAACGUGGCCCUGGUAACAUUACCAGUAGCCUGCUGAACGUGGCCCUGGUAACAUUACCAGUAGCCUGCUGAACGUGGCCCUGGUAACAUUACCAGUAGCCUGCUGAACGUGGCCCUGGUAACAUUACCAGUAGCCUGCUGAACGUGGCCCUGGUAACAUUACCAGUAGCCUGCUGAACGUGGCCAGUAGCCUAUAUGCAGACAUUUGUUGGCACAGAAAGAAAGGAAAAUGGAUAGCAAACAAUUUAUUGACUACAUUUCUCCACACUACACUAUAUCUGACUGGGUAAAUAACUUUAUUUUGAGUUAAUAUGGACCCAGAGACUCCGACUUGAGCACGAGCACAGGGACUCGGAAUUCAGCCAUAGGGACUCAUGACUCGACCAUUAGUGACUCGGACUUGGACUCGGACUCUAGCACAGGGGACUGGAUUCAGACUCGAGGUUUAGUGACUCGACUACAUCACUGGGCGAAGCAGUCAUUAGCCCCCGUUCUACUUUUGGACACCAAUGUGGCUGUGGCAUCUGGAACGUUGAUAACAAUGUCAAUGACGUGAUGGAGGUGCAACCCAUACUACUUUGCCAAUACUUUGCGGCGGCAUCUGGUGAUUGUACCUCUGUCUCUCUCUCGCUCUCGCUCUCUCUCUCUGUCUCUCUCUCUGUGCUUGUGUGCGUCUGUUUGUUUUGUAUGUAAUGUGUAAUAUCCAUGUAGGCUGAAUUAGGAAUUUACAUGGCCAGAUAAUUCUUAUAUAGUCUUAUAUGUUUGUCAUAUUUCUGCAGUUGGGAAGAUAAUAGGAUGUUAUGCAGAAGCUCCGAGACAGGAUUGUGUCGAGGCACAGAUCUGGGUUAGGGUACCAAAAAAAUUCUGCAGCAUUGAAGUUCCCCAAGAAUUGGCCUCCAUCAUUCUUAAAUGGAAGAAGUUUGGAACCACUCUUCCUAGAGCUGGCCGCCCGGCCAAACUGAGCAAUCGGGGGAGAAGGGCCUUGGUCAGCGAGGUGACCAAGAACCCGAUGGUCACUUUGACAGAGCUCUAGAGUUCCUCUGUGGAGAUGGGAGAACCUUCCAGAAGGACAACCAUCUCUGCAGCACUCCACCAAUCAGACCUUUAUGGUAGAGUGGCCAGAUGGUCUGCACUCCUCAGUAAAAGGCACAUGACAGCCCGCUUGGAGUUUGCCAAAAGGCACCUAAAGGACUCUGACUAUGAGAAACAAGAUUCUCUGGUCUGAUGAAACCAAGAUUGAACUCUUUGGCCUGAAUGCCAAGCGUCACGUCUGGAAGAAACCUGGCACCAUCCCUACGGUGAAGUAUGGUGGUGGCAGCAUCAUGCUGUGGGGAUGUUGUUCAGUGGCAGGGACUGGGAGACUAGUCAGGAUCGAAGGAAAGAUGAACGGAGCAAAGUACAGAGAGAUCCUUGAUGAAAACCUGUUCCAGAGCGCUCAGGACCUCAGACUGGGGCGAAGGUUCACCUUCCAACAGGGCAACGACCCUAAGCACACAGCCAAGACAACGCAGAAGUGGCUUCGGGACAAGUCUCUGAAUGUCCUUGAGUGGCCCAGCCAGAGCCCAGACUUGAACCCGAUCAAACAUCUCUGGAGAGACCUGAAAAUAGUUGUGCAGCGACGCUCCCCAUCCAACCUGACAGCGCUUGAGGGGAUCUGCAGAGAAGAAUGGGAGAAACUCCCCAAAUACAGGUGUGUCAAGCUUGUAGUGUCAUACCCAAGAAGACUUGAGGCUGUAAUCGUUGCCAAAAGUGCUUCAACAAAGUACUGAGUAAAGGGUCUCAAUACUUAUGUAAAUGUCAUAUUUCAUUUUUUUUUUUUUGCAAAGAUUUCUAAAAAUCUGUUUUCACUUUGUCAUUAUGGGGUAUUGUGUGUACAUUGAUGAGGGGGAAAAAACAAUUUAAUCAAUUUUACAAUAAGGCUGUAACAUAACAGAAUUUGGGGUCUGAAUACUCUCCGAAUGCACUGUAUGUUUACUAUAGCUUAAUGAGGCAAUACAAAUGUGAUGUGACUAAAAUGUAAGGCAUUUAGUUAACUAAAAUGGCCAACUGUUUUUGUCAUUUUGACAAUAACUAGAUGAAAUCAUUAUUCAAAUGACAAAAAUGUUACUAAGAAUGAUAUUUUAGUAAAAAUGAAUAAGACUAGAUAAAAUCUAUAAAAAAAGAGUGCCAAAAUGAACAUUGCUUUUGUCUUCGAGUAGUUCCCGCUAAAGAGAAACUCACAGCAACACAAACAAUGAAUAUUGAAACAAUGACGUUUUUAGUUUGCUCUUACAAGUGUGGUAAGGAAUGCUGUUUUACUUCUUUGUCUAUCAGUAGAUGACCUUUCCAUUUGGGAAGUGAUAGUCUUACAGUUCUGUAAUUUCACUGCCUCAUUGUUGGUAUUGUAUUGUCCAUGCUGUGGUAACUGGGGGGUUUUAACAGCAUACUUUCUCUUCUCUCACCCCCUUGAAGGUUCUCCUUGCAAAACGGAAACUGGAUGGGAAGUAUUACGCAAUCAAGGUCCUGCAGAAAAGGGUCAUUCUCAACAGGAGAGAGGUAAUUUAUUCUGAAGUGUUAUUGAAUUGGACAUUUUUCUUACUCUGUUUCUCAAUGUUGGCUACAUUAUUUCUAUGUUCACCCCACUAAUACCAUUUCUCCUGUUUCCACCAGCAAAAACACAUCAUGGCGGAGCGCAACGUGCUACUGAAGAACGUAAAACACCCCUUCCUGGUCGGCUUGCAUUAUUCCUUCCAGACCACAGACAAGUUAUACUUUGUCUUGGAUUUCGUCAAUGGGGGAGAAGUGAGUAGUUUCACUCUUAUGAAUAAUGGAGACACACAGUGUUGAGUCACUGAGCUCAAGGAGGGAAACCCAGAAUAGUACAACACAGGAAACCUGCUGAAAAGGUCCUUGGGAAAUGACCCCUGACCUGAGGGCCAGUGGUGCUAACCUGGGGUUGGAACCAAAAUUACUUUCCAAUCGUUUCGUUCUGAACAGAACCAUUAUUUUUUUCGUUCCCUUCUACUGUCCCGAACCAGCAAAAUAAAGUUCGGAACCGUUUCGAACCAAAAAAAGUAGGGGUUUAUAUAUAUUUUUUUUUUUACAUUUUUAGUUCGACAUUAAAUUACGAAUAGAGCAGCUUGCUAUGGAGCGGGUAAAUGAUUUAAUCUAUAUAGGAAAGUCGUUAAGAGCUAAUAGUAUUUUGCCGUAACAGCAUGGUUUAAUCAUAAUGAGACACACACUGUGCUGCCAGUCACAGUGUAGGGCGCGAGAUGCAACUGACAUUUUGCAGGUGAGGAGAGAUCGAGAGAGGAUGGAGGAAGCUUGCCUUGAAGGGCAUCUUGUCAUGACAUGCAUUAUCUGAAUUAGGCCCACAGAAUUAUACCUACAGAGGAACUUUGAACUUGCGAAUUGGUUUAGCCGUGGACCAGAGCUAACGCAACGCUAGCUAGCUAACAAGCUUGUGUGUGCAGCACUAGAACUAAAACACAUCUAACCUUUUGUAGUUAAUAAUUCCAAUGUGAAAUGUGAUAACUAUUGUAUCGUGUAUCUCGCUGGGCAGAAAUGUCCGCAAUCAAUUGGUAAACGCUGAUUUACCACCCCAAAAUACCCCCGCACAACGUCUAUUUGCGCCUCUACCGGAUGGAAACUACAAAUGUAGAUCCUUCAAACACCCCCAAACAGGGAAACAGAUUCCAAUCAAAGGUGUUAUCACGUGCUCCACUAGGGCAGUUAUUUAUCUUAUAACUUGUCCUUCUGGUAAAAAUGAUGUGGGUAAAAUGAAGCGCGAAUUAAAAGUAAGAAUCUCUGAGCAUCGUAGCACCAUUAGGUGCAAAAACUCGAAGUACCCAGUUGCGGCCCACUUUUUGGAAGCGAACCACUAUUUCGUCCCUUUGCUAUAUCAGCAUCAAACAUGUCACCCUCCCUAGGAGAGGGGGUGACCUUGACAAUUUAUUGUUAAAAUGAGAGGCCGCCUGGAUCUUUAAUUUAAAGACCCUUGCUCUCGUCGGUCUCAACGUAGACUUUGAUCUGAAAGCAUUCUUUGAUUAUUGUGUUUUUGCUAUCUAUUGUAAAUGUUUGUUGGCCUAUGUAGCCAAAUCGUAUCUAUGAUCGUAUGUUAUUCAUUCAUGAUUUUUUAUAUGUUCUAUUUAUAUCUGUGAAUCAACCAAUGAAAUCAAGCCACACCUUAAGUGUUCAAUAAAAGGAACUGUGUCGUUGGUGGGAGCUGAAUUUCCACAUCCUGGCCAUUAGUGCAACAUUGGCCAAUGUAACGCCUAUAAAAAUAUUUAUUAGCAUUUUUAUAUCAUUCUGGGACUGUCAAAAAGAGCCAAAACCAAGAGUGAUUCAUACAGGAUGAUUGUAAUGUUUCUCUACCCUUGGCAUAAUGGCCAGUCUGUAUAAAUAUUUUGAGAGUAUUAAAAUAUUAUAAAUAUUUACAAAAAAAGCUACUGAGGUCUAUGGAUUUCCCUUAGCCUACAAAUCUGGGAUCAGGCUAUGUGCUUUAGCUAACUCCUCUCAUUAUCGUUGUCAUCAGUUAGAUAAACCACUGAAUCUGUGUUGCCUUUCCAGUUUUUCCAAGGAGAAGAGGCUAAUCUCAUAGCUCAUGUCAUGUUGAUGCUAGCACUUAGUUAAUCCCCUCAAUUUGCUGCUGAGUCAAUUGUAAUCGUGAUGUGGAAUUUGCAGACAGGGCAGGAAGUUUGACCCACGGCUCUGUGUCAUGACUCUGCUACAAUUGUUGUUAGCAACCUGGGCUAAAUAUCACGCCUAGCUCUUACCAUGUCCAUUAGUUCACUAUGAUGUACAGGUAACUGCCAAAAUAAAGGACACCCUUGAGUAAAUGAGGGAUACAAAGUAUAUUGAAAGCAGGUGCUUCCACACGGGUGUGGUUCCUGAGUUAAGCAAUUAAAACAUCCACUCAUGCUUAGGGUCAUGUAUAAAAAUGCCCAGUUGCCCAUUAUUUUGGCUACCAUGGCUAGAAGAAGAGAUAUCAGUGACUUUGAAAGAGGGGUCUCAAAGGAGCAUAUGGGGUUUAAAGGGUGUGUGUGUCUCAGUCACCAGAUCUCAACCCAACUGAACACUUAUGGGAGAUUCUGGAGUGGCGCCUGAGACAGCGUUUUCCACCACCAUGAACAAAACACCAAAUUAUGGAAUUUCUUAUGGAAGAAUGGUGUCACAUCCCUCCAUGAGAUUUCCAGACACUUGCCAAAUCUAUGCCAAGGCACAUUGAAGCCGUUCUGGUGGCCCAACGCCCUAUUAAGACAUUUUAUGUUGGCGUUUCCUUUAUUUUUGGCAGUUACUUUUAUUCCUCUGUGGUGUCUAACUGGCACUGUGGCUGUAUUCUAUGAUUCCAGCUUUUCUUCCAUCUUCAAAAAGAACGGACCUUUCCGGAACCCAGAGCCAAGUUCUACAUCGCAGAAAUGGCAUGCGCACUGGGCUAUCUGCAUUCUCUCAACAUAGUUUACAGGUACAUGGAUUGCGUGUAUGUACACUGAGUAUACAAAACAUUAAGAACACCUGCUCUUUCCAUUACAUAGACUGACCAAGUGAAUCCAGGUGAAAGCUAUGAUCCCUUAUUGAUGUCACUUGUUAAAUCAGUGUAGAUGAAGGGGAGGAGACAGGUUAAAGAAGGAUGUUUAAGUCUUGAGACAUGGAUUCUGUAUGUGUGCCAUUCAGAGGGUGAAUGGGCAAGACAAAAUAUUUAAGUGUCUUUUGAACGGGGUAUGGUAGUAGGUGCCAGGCGCACUGGUUUGUGUCAAGAACUGCAAUGCUGCUGGGUUUUUCAUGCUCAACAGUUUCCUGUGUGUAUUAAGAAUAGUCCACCAUCCAAAGGAUGUCCAGCCAAGUUGACACAACUGUGGUAACCAUUGGAGUCAACAUGGGCCAGCAUCCCUGUGGAAUGCUUUCAACACCUUGUAGAAUCCAUGCCCCGACGAAUGGAGGCUCUUCUGAGGGCAAAAAGGGAUGCAACUCAAUAUUAGGAAGGUGUUCCUAAUGUUUGGUAUACUCAGUGUAUGCAUAUGUAAUGAUGUGUGUGAUUAGUAACCUUGCCUGAGCGUGGGCUUUGGCUCAACUAAUAUUUAUUAAUUCCAUUCUUUUAGAUGUGUUGUUGUGAAUUGUUAGAUACUACUGCACUGUUGGAGCUAGGAACACAAGGGUUUUAUUGCACCCGCAAUAACAUCUGCUAAAGUGUAUGUGACCAAUAAGAUUUGAUUUGAAUGUUUAACAGACACAUUCUAAAGGUUUCCUAUGCUGUGAAACAGUUUCCGCAUGAACUAUCCUGAGUGAGCAAUGAACGCAACACACAUCCCCUUAUCAAUUAGUGGGAAAAGUCCAACUUCAAAUAGCAUCUUUUGUGAAAUUCCUGGAACUUUGUGAACAUUUGAAGUGUUCCUUUUUUUUAAGCUGUCGGCUGUAGUAAUUUUCAUGAAGUCCAAUGUCACGGUUGCAGCACGUGCAUAGUCGUUCAUUAACUAACAUGUGUUGUUCUUGCUGUUGUCUGUGCCUAAAUGUUUGUACCAUGUGUUACAGGUUUUAGUUUUUCCAUUUAUGUUUUGAGGUUGGACUUUAGCACGUAGGGCGCACUGAUUGGUGUCACCUCAUUAGUCAGUACGUGUUACACCUGUGCUGGUUGCCAUCUCGUUAGUGGGAAAACCCCACCUGUUUCGUUUUGGUUGUUGGUGAGUGACUCUUUGUUAGUUCCCGUUCUGUUUGAGUGACGUUUGGUUUUCUUGCUGGGGAACGAAACACAUGUUUGUGCUGCUACCAUGCUGUGUUGUCUUAGGUCUCUCUUUAUGUAGUGUGGUGGUGUCUCUUGUCGUGAUGUGUUUUUUGUCCUACAUUUAAAUGUUUAAUCACCCGUUCCCGCAGGAGGCCUUUUGCGUCUUGGUAGGCCGUCAUUGUAAAUAAGAAUUUGUUCUUAAUUGACUUGCCUAGUUAAAUAAAACACGUGAGGGCAAUUUCCCUCAACACAGGUCUGUCCCCCAUAGUCCCUCAAGCCAUCCUCUUUGCCUGUCGCUUGUUUAGUGUAAUGCUGGUUCAGUGACUCGUGUACAUUGAUAUCAACCGGAUGCAAAUCGCUAAGAUUAAAGAAGUAACUUCUCUUUUGAUGAUUGUUUUGAAAUCCUCUGUUGCUCUUCAAUUGGCCACUUACCCAGAAGUAGUAAGAUAAUAGCUCUUAUAAUCCAUUAAGCACAGUUAUAUUAUCCAAUUACAGCGACUUUGAUAAUGUUCAUGAGAUGCUUGUUUAUUCACAGGGACUUGAAGCCAGAAAAUAUCCUCCUCGACUUUGAAGUAAGUGUGACAUCCUAACUCGUUUGCAGUGCAUAAGUAAUAUGUUCUAUAUGUGGAGUAGCUUAGGGCUGUAUGCAAUCAAACCUGCAUUAGCAAUCUUUUUGCUUACAAAAAACUGCCCUCGCACAAAUGGGUCUUGACAACUGAAAGCCUCCUCCCAUGAAUGUAGUCUACCUGGUAUUUUAACAUUACCCAAAUUAAUUAUGCAUAUCAGUUUAACCUCAAGGAAAAUUUUUACUUUAGUUUAGCCUUUUCUAUACUGAACAAAAAUAUGUGAAUGCUCAGUAAAUGUAUUCAGUGUUUACUACAAGUCAGUGGAAAAAAUUCGGAGAUAUGAAUGUAUCAAACCAAUCCAAUAGGUUGUAAAUAAAGCAAGCGUCUGUGUUGAAGCCUAAUCCUUCACCAGCUAACACGAACGGCGGUGUCAGUUUCAGUUUAGAAGAGAAUGCUUGUGAUUUGAUUGUUUAACUCAUGCGUUUCCUAACCGGCCUUAUUGAGACAGUGAGGAAAUUGCAAGUGUCCUUAGAGUGCGCUACUCUCUGGCCAAAAUUCCACAAAGACAAUAUAUUAUUUAGUUCUGACCUGAGGAUAGUGGUGGCAAACACUGUCUAAAAUUGUCCCUGACUCCCCUUCUUUAAAGGGACAUAUAGUUUUGACGGACUUCGGAUUGUGCAAGGAAGGCAUUUCCCAAGCCGAGACGACGAGCACAUUUUGUGGGACACCUGAGGUAACGUUGAGCAUUUAGUAGGGUAGAUGAAUACCCCUUUUUGUCCGUGUUUACAUGACAUGUCACACUUUUAGUGUCAAAUCACUAAUUAUUAACCAAGGAAAGAAAGUGUUUGGAAAGAAAAUGGUUAGUAGCGGGAGGAAUGAGUGGUUAAUAUUUUUACAUGCCUGUCUCCAUUUUAGGUACAGUAUACUAUGUAUAGAAUGGGCAUGAGUAAUGUUUUCCAGGACAGCGUAUGUAAUAAGACAUAAUAAUAACCUUUUUAAUGUCUGGACCACUGUUCUGGAUUGACACUGAAAAGGCCUGUCAUUGCUAAUCUAUUUCACUUUCUCCUCUCCCCAGUACCUAGCUCCAGAGGUCCUGAGGAAACAACCGUAUGACAACACAGUGGACUGGUGGUGUCUAGGAUCAGUGCUCUAUGAAAUGCUCUUUGGCCUGGUGAGUUACAGUAGUAGACAUUUGAACAGGCAAAAUAUGUACGGUCAGAACGUACCCUUGACAUGCUGCCUGAUCACACACUGCCUUAACACUAACACACAUCUAUCUCCCCUCUGUUCCACAGCCUCCGUUCUACAGCAGAGACACCCAUGAGAUGUAUGACAACAUCCUUCACAAACCCCUGAUGAUGCGUCCCGGCGCGUCCAACACGGCCUGGUCCCUCCUGCAGGCUCUACUGGAGAAGGACGGCACACACAGACUGGGCUCCAGAGAUGACUUUGUGAGUGGUGACCCUCACAGCAUGGCAGUGGCUUUUGGUUUUAUGUCACCCAUCUCAUUUAGUUAGAAAAUAUUCCAGUGACCCACCAUCAUAUACAAAGUCAGUGUCAUGUCAUGAUGCUGCCCAUGUAAGACGUUUUUUUUAAUACUCCAGAGACCCACUAAAUACACACAAUUAUCUUCCUGGAAGUCACAGGAGGUUGGUGGCACCUUACUUGGAGAGAACCGGCUCGUGGUAAUGAAUAGGUGGAAUGGUAUCAAAUACAUCAAACCCAUGGUUUCCAGGUGUUUGAUGCCAUUCCAUUUGCUCCAUUCCGGACAUUAUUAUGAGCUGUUCUCCCCUCAGCAGCCUACUGUGCUAGAAAUCCCAAGCUACCAUUUAUUUAACACAGCAGUAUGCCCCAUAGUCUCCCAACUGUGACUAGUGUAUUGCUGUAGCUGAUGGCAUCGGACUCCCUCUGGUGGAGAAACAUUGUCAUGACCAGGAGUUGCUCAACAGCUGUAGUGUCUGGCAGUGUUAAUUUCUUCUUGGCAGAUGGAUUGCAUUACAUUGCUUUCAUCAGUAUGAAGUAAUAACAUUUGCCUUGGUCGUUCUAGAACAGAAAUAUAUAAUAUCUAUUCUCUUUUUUCAGAAUGAGAUCAAAGCACACAACUUCUUCUCGGCGAUCAAGUGGGAUGACCUGGAACAGAGAAAGGUUCCACCUCCAUUCACUCCCAAUGUGGUAAAUGUUCUCAGGAUUUAAUCUUUCUGAUGUAUGACAACCCACACACACACCAGAUGCAACACCAGACCACAAGCAUGAAUGAACUGAUGUUUAUGUUUCUUCCUCUUUCCGGUUUUGCAGAAUUCUCCUUACGACAUCACAAACUUUGAUCCAGAAUUCACAGACGAGACAGUUCCAAACUCUGUGUGCUAUACUGAACAUGCCAUAGUCAACGCCAGCGUGAUGGAGGCUGACGAUGCCUUCCUAGGUUUCUCCUACGCACCACCCUCAGACGACUCCUUCCUAUGA